AUGGAAGGCAUCGUUCAGCCUCACAACGAUGCACUGGUAAUAUCUGUUCUUGUUAAUAAGUUUAGAAUUAAACGUGUGCUAAUUGAUCCAGGUUGCUCGGCUAAUAUCAUCCGAUGGAGAGUCAUCGAGCAGCUGGGACUACUGAGUCAGAUCAUACCAACAGUUCGAGUCCUCAACGGAUUCAACAUGGCCUGCGAAAUGAUGAAGGGUGAAAUCACUUUACCGAUCAACACUGCCGGUACUACGCAGCAGACCAAAUUUUAUGUGAUAGAGGGAGACAUGGGAUACAACGCAUUGUUGGGAAAACCAUGGAUUCACAGCAUGAGAGCAGUUCCCUCAACCCUGCACCAAGCUUUAAAGUUCCCGACCCUAGAUGGGAUCAAAACCAUUCACGGUGAGCAACAAACCGCCAAAGAAAUGUUCGCGGUCGAAGAAGCAGUUGCAAUGGCCAAGGUUCCAGGGUUGAAGGACAGAAAGCCGAACAAAGGGGAAGACGCUAAAUAG